ACGAAGAAGAAGCUCGUCACGAACAAGUGGCGGUCAAAAUGAAAACAAACCGACCAAGUUUUAUUUUUUACCUUUUUUAUUCUGUACGAUGAAUUAAAAAAGCUAACAAUGGCGUCUCGAGCACUGAAGCGAGCUGGUGUGUCCCCUGAGUUAUGUCAGCAACUUAAACGAAGUAAAAUAGAAAGUUGUAAGGAACUGCUGUCUCGCUCGCCUUUUGAAGUGAUGCAUGCUGCUGGUUUGAGUUACCAGGAUGCUUUAGAGAUGUUGGUAUCUGUGAGCAGAGUCAUCGCUCCCUCACCCAUUACGGCUUUGGAGUUGUGGAAGCGUCACUCAGACUCUUGUUUCUCAACAUCACUACCAGCUUUGGACAAAGUGUUGAGGGGAGGCCUUCCCUGUGGGAAUAUCACUGAGGUGGCGGGGCCAUCUGGCUGUGGGAAGACACAAUUCUGUUUAAUGCUGAGUGUUUUGGCCACUCUGCCAAAGGAGCUGGGUGGCCUGGAUCGCAGUGUAAUCUAUAUUGACACGGAGUCAGCGUUUUCUGCUGAAAGGCUGGUGGAGAUCGCACAGAGCAGGUUCAGAGACCGCUUCUGCUCAAAGGAGAAAGUCUUGGAGAUGGCAAGCAGGGUCCAUGUCUACAGGGAUCUCACCUGCCAGGAUGUCCUUAACAGACUGGAGAGACUGGAGGAGAUCAUCAUCUCAACCGGAGCAGGUCUGAUCAUACUGGAUUCAGUGGCUUCUGUGGUGAGAAAGGAGUUUGACACAACAUUGCCUGGCAAUUUGAUACAUCGUAGCAACAUGCUGGGAAAAGAAGCAACCAUGCUGAAAUAUCUGGCUCAUCAAUUCAACAUCCCUGUGGUCCUGACCAACCAGAUCACCACUCAUAUUGGACACCAAGAUUCUCGUCCUACUGCUGAGAAGGACUGUGGCUUUGUGACGACAGCUUUAGGAAACACGUGGAGUCACAGUAUCAACACACGUUUUAUUGUGCAGUAUAUGGCUGGAUGCCAGAGACAGCUUUUGGUUGCCAAGUCUCCCGUGGCUCCCUUUGCUGUGCUCAACUAUGUAAUCCAGAAGGAAGGAAUCUAUAUAGUUGAAAACGAUGGUGAGGACAUCUUGUAUGAGGGCAUGGAUCCCAGCCUCCAGCCUAUUAGGGUGAGAACUGAGCUCAACAUAGAUUCGAACUGACUCCAUUUUACUAAACCAAAAGCGUAGUGGAAAUUCUUGGAAGCUGUUUGACUCUUUAGUGUUUUGUCUAGAUCAUUUUGAUUCUAUAUUCACCAUAGAAAAUAAAGGAAAUCUAAGUA